AAAGUCAAAGUUAAAUUUGAUAUCAUGGAGAAACCGGUGGGAAACCAUAUGAGUCUCAAUUAAUUUAUUAAAAAAAAAAGUAUGAAAAUCUUUUCAAAGAUAAAUAAAUCAUGAUUUUUAAUAAUUUCAUCUUUUGUUUCUUAACUAAAAAGUCAGUACGUCUCCAAAAAGAAUUUUUUUAGUGUCUAUAUGUUUCGCGCAAGAACAUGUCUAAUUCUUUUAUUUUAAUUGAAGGGAUUUUUUAUCAUUUUAAAAAAAAAUAAUAAUUCUAUUUAGAAAUGUAUAAAAAAUUUUAAAGUAAAAAAAAAAUGAUAUAAAAAUUCUUCAAAAAAUACAUGAAUUAAAUUAUUAGAGUGUGUUUUGUUGGGCUUUGUCGUAUGAGAUAAAAGAACGUGUUUGUCAACUCUUUUGAAAUACAAACAACAAGCAUUUGUAAAGGGACAUGACUUUUUUUUAAAAUAAGUUUAAACGAAUUCAUCGUUUCAUAAGUCUUCUAUUUUAAUAUUUAAAAAAAAAAAAUUUAAGUCUUUUAUAUUUCAAAGGGAAAAAGAAUCGAGCCUUGAGAAUUCUAUUUGUGUUUAAAAACAAAGUAAAAAACGAAAAAAAAGAAAACAAUGGCAGAAGAAACGCUUGUCUUGAUGGAAAAAAAGUCAAUGGAGCCUUUUGUAGAAAGUCUUAGUAAGGAUAUAGCAAAACUUCCCUCUAGAAAAUUAAGUAGCGAAACAAAUACCACGGAAUCGACAUUACUGCCGUCUUGCAUAAAAAAAACUGAAAAACGCUUGGAAAAGCAAAGCAUAGAUAAAAAAUACAAAGUACCAAUUAAAACAAGGACUUCUUCUUUAACUGCUGGAACAAACGAAAAGAAACAUACGCCAAAAGUUUCUGAUGAAUUGUGUACCAACAUGAAUUCCAUAAUACAGUGUAAAAAGCUACCUAUUUCAUCGGAUAAUCCGCCUUCGAUUUUAUCCGAGGAGACUACAGCAGUGGCUGUUGUUGAGGGAAAUAUGGGAAUGGAGGCUUUGAAUACAAUUGUAUGUCGAGAAUGGGAGACGGAGUAUAAAACAAUAAAACCAGUAAAAGAAGUUGAAAAAAGCUUUUCCAUGUGUUUUUCUGAAUCUAUAUCUUCUAUACCGGAAAGAGAUGCUGUUUUGUGGCAAAUAAAGGAUUUUGCGGAUUUUCGUCGAGCCUCUAAGGUAACAAAACUUCCACCACUUGUGAGUCCUUCCUUCGGUAAUGGAUGCCACGUUCUAUUAAAUUUAUAUGAUAAAAAAAAACGUAUUUCGGGAGUGGUUCAAUUACCUAUUAUGAAAUCUGUAAAAGAAGGAGUGGUUCAUAUAAAAAUUAGCGUCGUUCGCCCUGAUAUGAAACUCAUUACAAGUCGUUACGUCGAAUUGCAAGUCAGUGUCUUAGAAAAAAAUUCGGCGAAAACCAAUUCUCGUGUGUCUUCCCGUUUUUGUUUAUCAAAAAUGUGUUUCAUGAAAAUGUCACGAUAUCAACAUUUAAUUGUUGACAAUAUUUUGAGAUUACGCAUUGAGUUACAAUAUUUUCCUUUUGACUCGCAUGUUUUCUCUGGUAUGAAUGUAAGGAAAGCCUUUGAGCGAAACAGUAAUGGGGAAGCAAUUAAACGUUCUCAAAAGGAAAUGGAAGUAGAUUCCCAUGCACAACUAUUACAAGAUAUCCAGAAUUAUUGCGAAGAAGACACAUCGCAAAAUGUUCAAAUUCGAAGGGAUGACGUUGUUUUUCAUUCGUGUCGAUUCCUUUUAUGCGCACGUUCCAAGAAAUUUCGAGAGAUAUUGUCCGCUCACACCCCGAGUCCCAAGCGGGAAUGGCCGCUGCGAUUGUUUCAAGGGUCCCGAUGUACAUCGAAAGAGCAGGCUUUAAAAUGCGUCACAAUUCGUGACGUUCCCACUGAAAUUCUGGAUCAGAUUCUUAUUUUUAUUCAUACUAAUACCUGUCCGUGGAUACAGGACAAAAAAACAGAUGUACUGAAUUUACUCGAAUUAUUUGAAUGUGCGGACGUGUACGGCGUUAAUGCAUUACUUUCAAGAUUAAUUCAGGCCUUGUGUGAGAAAAUGACAGUAGAUAAUUUCAUGUAUAUGUUUGAAGUGAGCCAACGAUGCCAAAGCGAGGCUUUUAAACAAAUAUGUACUCAAUUUAUGGACUCCAUUCCAGGCUCUCAAGUGGCAACAUUAAUGAGGGCGACAAACCAUGGUUAUGUAGAAAAGACUACAAGCUAAACAGAAAAUGAAGCGAAUUUUUAUUUCUACAAAAUAAAAAAAAUUUAACAGUGCUGUAAUGUUUUUAAACUUUUUAUAGAAACAAUUAUUAAGAACAAACUAAAAAACCCAAAUUUUUAGGUGAUUCACAAUCCCAUCAAAGUGUUAA